AUGGCCGAAGCCCAACUCCACGAUUUCCCCUCCCUCUUCUCCCUCGAAGGCAAAGUCGCCGUCGUAACCGGCGGGUCCCGCGGCCUCGGCCUCAGCGCCGCCUCCGCCCUCCUCCAAGCCGGCGCCUCCAAAGUGUUCAUCAGCUCGCGCAAAGCGGCGGCCUGCGACGCGGCGUGCGCGACGCUCAACGCGCUGCCCAACCUCCGCCCGGGCGCGCGCGCCAUCUCAGUCCCCGCGGACGGGGCGACGCUCGAGGGCGUGAAGCACCUGGUCUCGCAGGUGGCGGCGCAGACGGAGCACGUGGACAUCCUGCUGGCCAACGCGGGCGCGACGUGGGGGGAAGGGUUCGACACGCACUCGGACGCGGCGUUCGCGAAAGUGCUGGACCUCAACGUGCGCGGGGUGUUCAACGCGGUGCGCGAGUUCGCGCCGCUGCUGCAGCGGCGGGCGCGGGCGGCCGACCCGAGCCGGGUGGUGAUCACCGCGAGCGUGGCCGGAUUGGGGGUGGGCACGCUGGGCAAGCAGGGCACGUACGGGUAUAGUGCGAGUAAGGCGGCGGUGUUGCAUCUGGGGAGGAAUCUGGCGGUGGAGCUGGGCCCCCGGGCGAUCACGGUGAAUAGCAUCUGCCCGGGGUUUUUCCCGAGUAAGAUGAGCAAUGGGUUGUUGGAGAUGUCGGGUGGUGCGGAGGCGUUGGGCAAGGAGAACCCGUUGAGGCGGCUGGGGCAGGCGGAGGAUAUCGCGGGGGUGAUUGUGUAUUUGACCAGCAGGGCGGGCGCGUAUGUCAAUGGGGCGGCGAUUGAGAUUGACGGCGGCGCGUUGUGGCAGAAGGGGCAGCUGGAUGUUAAGUUGUAG